AUGGUAAAUGUAGUUCUAGGUUUAGAUGCAAAAAAUCAAGCAUCACUUAUAAAGGCGAUAACGUUUGGUCUUAUAGCAUUCGUAGCGAUAGCAAGUAGAUUAUUUAGUAUAAUACGUUUCGAGAGUGUCAUUCAUGAGUUUGAUCCCUGGUUUAAUUAUCGUGCAACAAAAUAUUUGGUAUCAACAAAUUUUUAUGAGUUUUGGAACUGGUUUGACGAAAGAUCGUGGUACCCUUUAGGUAGAGUCGUAGGUGGCACAGUCUUUCCUGGUCUAAUGGUAACUUCAGCUACCAUAUACAAUGUAUUACACUCUUUAAAUUUCCCUGUUGAUAUUCGUAACAUUUGUGUACUGUUGGCACCACUUUUCUCAGCUUUCACGGCUUAUGCUGCUUAUUUAUUGACAGCGGAAAUAAAAGAUUCGUCAGCUGGUCUUUUAGCAGCUGCUUUCAUCGGGGUGGUGCCCGGUUAUAUAUCAAGAUCUGUCGCUGGAUCAUAUGAUAAUGAAGGAAUUGCUAUUUUCUUGUUAAUGUUUACUUUUUAUUUAUGGAUCAAAGCGCUCAAACAAGGUUCAGCAUUUUGGGGUGCAUUGACAGCAUUUUUUUAUUUUUAUAUGGUAGCAGCUUGGGGUGGAUAUGUGUUUAUAAUUAACUUGAUCCCACUUCACGCGUUCGUAUUGAUAUUAAUGGGUAGAUUUUCAAAUAGAUUAUAUGUGGCAUAUUCAUCAUUUUAUGUUCUCGGUACGCUGAUGUCAAUGCAAGUUCCAUUUGUCGGAUUCCAACCCACUUUUACCAGUGAACAUAUGGCUGCGUUAGCAUUUGUCGAACUAGUAAGAAGUCAUGUUCCCUCGGAUCAAUUUCAAAUUCUAUUAAAAGGUUUUGUGGUAAUCUCAUUUAUGAUAAUGCUUUUGGGAUUGGUGUUGCUGACGCUGUCUGGGGUCAUUGCACCAUGGACCGGAAGAUUCUAUUCUUUAUGGGAUACAGGCUAUGCAAAAAAAUACAUUCCCAUCAUCGCAUCAGUAUCAGAACAUCAACCAACAGCCUGGCCAUCAUUUUUCUUUGAUCUUCAACUUUUGGUCUUUUUAUUUCCGGCUGGAAUCUACUUUUGUUUCAGGGAGUUGCAGGAUGAACAUGUUUUUGUGAUAUUGUAUGGCAUCACCUCCUCGUAUUUUGCAGGAGUUAUGGUUCGGUUAAUGUUAACAUUGGCACCUAUUGUUUGUGUCACGUCGGCUAUAACCAUAUCGAAAUUGUUGGAUUUGUAUUUGGAUGAAAAAAAGAAAUCUACUGGUGGUGGUUUGAAAGGAAUCGGUGAUCAAUUUUUUGGAGUUCUAGGGUUGGAUACUCGUAUAAUAGUGUUGAGCAAUAUCUUUUUCUUUUUGGUGUUAUUUUCAUGGCAUUGUACAUGGGUAACAUCAAACGCAUACUCGUCUCCAUCGAUCGUGCUUGCGUCCAGACAAGCAGACGGAUCGCAAGUUAUAAUUGAUGAUUUUCGAGAAGCGUAUUAUUGGCUAAGAAAAAACACAGACUAUUCUUCAAAGGUGAUGUCAUGGUGGGAUUACGGAUAUCAGAUAGCCGGGAUGGCUGAUAGGACAGUGUUGGUUGACAAUAACACAUGGAAUAAUACGCAUAUUGCCACAGUUGGUAAAGCGAUGUCGUCGAAUGAGGACGUGGCGUACGAGAUAAUGAGAAGACAUGAUGUCGAUUACGUGUUGGUGAUAUUUGGUGGGUUGUUGGGAUACUCGGGCGAUGACAUUAACAAGUUUUUGUGGAUGAUACGUAUUGCCGAGGGAGUUUAUCCAAAGGAUGUGAAGGAAAGUCUUUUUUUCAAUUCGAGAGGAGAGUAUCGAGUUGAUGAUGAGGCCACACCGACAAUGAGGAAUAGCAUAAUGUACAAAAUGAGCUAUCAUAAUUACAAUGAAUUAUUUGGAGGACAAGGUGGUCAUGACAGAGUCAGGAAUUCAAGAUUGCCAAGUGGUAAGAUUGUUUUGAAUACUUUAGAGGAGGCAUACACCACAGAGAAUUGGAUAGUCAGAAUAUACAAGGUUAAGGAUUUGGAUAUUAUAGGACGUAGUUUGGAGGAUGCAACGAGUUUUGAAAUGGGAAAGAAAAAAAGAAAACAGGAUUGUUAUUGGGCAUUACUAUCCAGAAAAGAUUUUAGCUUCUUGUACUUGUCACCUUGGUUGUCGAACAAUUUGAAAAAUGAAUCAUCAGAUUUAUUAUUGGGAACUUCUCUUUUCGACUACUUUCGUCCUGAUGAAAAGAUGUUGGCUCAAAAAGAUUUGACUAGAGUUAAUAAUAAUAAGUUAUCGCUUUCCAUCACAAGCACAACUGCUCUUGAUUUAUCAUCAUCAACUAACGUUGAUGAAUAUAUUGUUAUGGAUAUCGGAAUCUCUCUUGUUAGUCAUGAUAUCAUUUUAGCAUGUUUUCAUUCUGACGAUGGUCGAGUACAUAAUGGUGAUAAAUGUAGUUGCGGUGAAUCUUUUGAAUUCACUCAAAAAACAAUAGAUGAAUUAAACAAAUGUUUAAAUAAUAAAAAUUCAUCGUCACCAAAUGGUUCAGCAAUCAAAUUCACAACUCCUCCUUCAACACCACAUUCCGAAAAAUUCUUUUCCGGGAAUAAUCCAUUAUUUCCACCGCCACCACCUUCCGAUCGUAUAUUUCAAAUAUUUGAUAGAAAAUCAAAGGAUCUGAUUUUAACUUGGCCUAAUCCAGCCAUCUCAUUUACCGAUAAUAGUAAUAAUACUGCCUAUUACAAUAAAAAUGAUUUCUCUAAAUUAAUACUAGACUGUGUCAACAACGACAACAAGAUUAACAAUUAUAACAAUUACAAUACUCCAAACUGUUUAAAAGCUACCGUUCAUGAUAAACGACUUUUAUUGUUGUCAUCAUCUGGAUCUUAUGGUCAUGUCGAAAGCCUGAUAAUUCCAUAUGGAAAUAUCAUCUUUGCCAGCUUUCAAAUAUUAUCCAACACUAUAAAUCCUUCUUCUUCAAAAUUAUCAUUGACUAACAACAAUAACAUUGGUAAUGGUAAUUUUAGUGAAUCUACUCCUUGUUCACCAACAUCUACUUUAAAAUUAACAACUCCAGUAUGUAUGACUGCUGUUACUGGUAGUAGUGGUGAUGAUUAUAGAAGUGGUAAUAAAAGACCAAGAUCACUCUCCCCACUUCUUUCAAUUAGUUCCUUACAACAACCACAACAUCAUCAUACUUUAUAUAGCAAAAGACAUAAAAUGUCAUCACCAAACAACAAUAAUAAUAAAUUGUCAUUAUUUCCGUCACAACCAAGACCACUUGUUGUCGAUGAUUCAGCUUAUAAUACUUCAAAUCCUAUUUCAUCGCCUAAUCAUCAUCACCAUAAUAAUAACAACGACAACAACAAUCAACAUUUUUUUCCACAACAACAUUAUAAUAACAACAAUAAUAACGAUAAUGAAAAACCUUCAAUAUCUUUAUUACAACAACCUUAUUUCAUAAAUCAUUAUAAUUACAAUGUUUACCAUCACAACAAUUACCAAAAUCAUAAUAAUUUGCAUGUUCAUAACAAUAACAAUCAUAAUAAUUUGCAUAAUAAUCAUGACGGCGACGGCGACGGCAGCGGCAACAAUACAUACCCAUCACCAAAAAGUCAUAAUAACAAUCUACCAUUUAUUUCGCACAAUCCAUCAUCGUCAAUAUCAUCUCCACAACAGUCACAUUCAUUAGCACAAAAUAACAAUCAUCACAUCAAUCAUCAAUAUCAACAAUCACUGAUGUUAUCUUCGACAACAGCAGCAACAGCAACAACAACAACAAUUCCAAAAUCUCAAAAACCCAAUUCUUCAUCUUUACACUCUACUCGAUCACCUGCGUCAUCGCAAAGAAAAAAUAAUAAUGGAUUAAAGGAGUGUGAGAGUUGUCAUACAAAUACUAGUCCUGAAUGGAGAAGAGGUCCAACUGGACAUAAAACUCUCUGUAAUGCUUGUGGAUUAAGAUAUUCUCGUACCAUAGCAAGAGAAAAUCGUAAAAAAGAACAAGCUCAGUCGGAAGAAGAGAUGAGGAAACGUGAACAACGUGAACGUGAUGAUAUGUCUAGUUUAUUAUCACGUGGACACGCGAUGCAAGAUUGUGCAUUGUGCUUUAGAUGUAAAUUUUUUCCAGAACAUUGCUAA